AUUGUCGGGACAGUCCCCUCAGCAUCUCUUCACACUCAGCUGCAACUCUAAACUCGUUUAAAUAACUCAAAUAUAAUUCAGUGUCAGCCGUGUCACACUUUCAGACAGGUGCGGUGUUGAUGUGUGAUGUGAACAGGAGCUCAGCCUGAUGCGGCUCCGCAGUCGUGCAUGAGAACUGCAUCAGACAGCAAGUCUGCGAAACAAGUCUCAGCAUCAGUGUUACUGCUGCAGUGAAAUCCAGCCCCUGAACACACCCUGCUGCAGCCCGCAGAGCAGCCUCACGCACUGACAGCACACCAUCAGCUGGUAACACCUCCACGGAGCGAAGAAGGAGAAGAGACGGUGAGCACAGCUGAGUACCAGGAUGGCUCAGAAUGACAAAGACCCGAUGCUCCCGGUGGGGAAUCUCUCCCCGGGCCAGCUGCAGUCCCACCUUAAGAUGGAGCCCAAGACCCUGGGGGCGAUCCAGAUCGUUAUUGGGGCUUUGAUUCUUUGUCUGAGUGCCUCUGUGCUCCAGAUCCACGAGGUCCACUUUACGGGAGAUGUGGCCCUCUUCCUGAUCGUUGUCGUACAGGUGACUUUGUCUGGUUCGGUGUUGGUCCACAGUGCGAGGAAACCUACUCUGUUCUGGGUGAAAUGUGUCCUGGUUCUGCAUCUCAUCAGUGCUGCGUUCGCCACUGCCGCUCUGGGUCUGAUGUCCAAACACCUCCCCUACCGCCAGGACUCUUACCACUGCGAACACUGCCGCAGACUGGAGCUGCACGCCGUGCAACAUUGUUUCAGGAAAUGCACCGGGCUGAUCGAGCAAAAGUGUAAACUGUUGAUUGACGGGAUCCUGGGGACACUGGUGAUUUUCCUGGUGCUGGAGCUGUUGAUCUGUAUCACUGCGAUGCUGUUCGGACUCAGCGUCCUAGCUGCUGGUGGGACCCAGGCUCCCAGCCAUAGACCUGCCUAUCCACAGACUCGCCCUCCACCUGCUCCAGCCGUGCAGGCUGCUCCAGUUGCUACAGCCGCAGCUGAGCCAUCUCAGGUGGCUGUUGUUGUGACUGAACCAGAUUCAGAGCAGGUGGAGGAAAUCUCCACCCCGCCCACUGAACCACAGGUGGAGCCGAUAGAAAUUGAUACCACAGAACCGUGAUCUGAAACACACCCUGUGGUGUCAUGUCAUGUCAGUGACAGUGUAAACAUGGAUGUCAACUAGGAAAAAAACUAUUCGGUGGUCGUAAUUAGGACCCAGUUUUCUCCCAUUUGGCUGAAGGCAAGUUAAUAAAAUAAUAAUCAAACAUUAAAGUCUUACAUGACAACAAGUUGUCAUCCUGUCCAUUCACUUCUGGCAUGACAUGAACACAGCAUCAGUGUUCGCACUACAGUUAUGUUGUGGUUAUGAUAUGGAUCAGUUUUAUUGAUAAUGUCGAAUUCUUCAAAUACUAAAACCACAAGAAACGUUGUAUAGUCGGAGAAAGACGAGCGGAGUAAAGUAAAGUAAAGAUCUUAUAUUAGAGUAUGUAGGAUUUAAACACUUCACUAACAGUUUGUGCACAUUUUGUGUUAAUUAGAAAGUAACCUGGUACUAUUCAGCCUUUCAAAGGUGAAAAAACAUAUGUGACUGUUAUUGUCGAUGUUUGUUUUUUAAACUAACCUUUUACUUAUUUCUAUCUCUUUAAUCCAUUCCAGUAUUAAUUGACAUGGUAUUACAGCAGUCCAUCUACUAUCUAUCGUCCAUUUCAAACCUGUUAUCUUGAGAUUAAAGCUUAAAGCUCGAAGGCAGCAGAGGCCGAGGUAUUUUGGACUUUUGGACCUUAUAUUGGAUUCUACAUUUCCUAUAAUGCUAAUAACCUCAAUAGCAGCUUUGUUUUGAAUUCUUAGCCUUGUAAAUACAUUUGUAAGUGUCAUAUAACUACUGUAUAGUCCCCAAGCCCCAGGCCACAAUAAGAAGA